UACAAUUUUUUAUUAUUUUGUUAUUAUUUUAACAAUCAUGACACCAGGUGUCAAAAUGAUGACUGGAAAUUUGGAUAAAAACACAACAGGUUGUUGUUUAAUAUGCAGUAAUCGUAUUGGUAAUUCAUCUAGAAAUAAGAUACAAACAUUUGAUGAAAGUCGUCAAAAAAUUGGUGCAAAACCACUGGCAGAUACAAUAAGUACUGUUCUAGGUGAAGAUAUUACUGCAGAAAAUUGUCAUUCUGAUUUAUUGUGUAAAAAAUGUUAUAAUUUAUUUUAUGAAUUUGAAUCAUUAGAGCAACGUCUGUCAGAAAUAAAACAAGAAAUAAGUUCAAACUAUAAAAUAACAGUUGAAAAAUUUAAUGAUGAAUCAUUACGAAUUGAAGAGGAAUGUAAUGAUCAUGAUUACAUUGAUAAUAAUAUGGAAUAUCAAAUAGAUGAAGAUAGAAAAACAGAAUACAUUGAAGAAGAACGAAUAGAUGAAGAAACAAUUGGUGAAUUUUCACCAGUUAAUCAGGAUAAUAAUGAAGAUGUCUAUGACGAGGUCCAUGAUGAGGUCCAUGACGAGGUCCAUGAAGAGGAGGAACACGUUAGAGAUGUUGAAUAUUUAAAUGAAGAUUAUCAAGAUAAUGACAAUGUUGAUGAUCAAGAUUCUGAAAUAAUUGUUCAGAUUAUUCAAAAUCCAGAUGAAUCAUUAAAUAAUAGUUGUAUUUUACCUGAUACUAAUCAAACAGUUGGACAAAUAAAUGUUGUUGAAACAGCAAAAUUAUUAAAAAAUAAUCCACCAAAAAAAAGAGAAAUUAGAAAAAAAGUAGCACCUCUUGUUGAACAUGUACAAGAACCAAUUAUAUCAAAAAAUGAAGUAGACUAUGAUUGUUUAUUAUGUCCAUCUGAUAAAGAAAAAUUUACAGCAAAUGCUAAAGAUAUUAUUAUACAUAUGAGAGAUGUACAUGAGGCACGUCUAUAUAUUUGUGAUGUUUGUGGUAUUGAUUUUAGAAAAAGAAAUGAAUUAAAUUCACAUAUGGAUGGUCAUAUUGAGGUUGAAAAAGGUGAUUAUCAAUGUGAUGUAUGCAAUAGAAUAUUUGAGAGUUUACGUUUAUUUAGAAUACACAAAAGAUCACAUAAUCCACAAAUUAAAUCAUGGGAAUGUAAUCAAUGUGAUAAACGUUUUGGUUCAAAAAAUUUAUUAACUGAACAUAUGAAUACUCAUAUUGGUAAACGUCCAUAUAAAUGUGAUACUUGUCUUAAAGAUUUUGCAUCAAAAUAUACAUUUAGAGCUCAUUCAAAAACUCAUGAAAUACGUGCAAGACCAUUUGAAUGUCAUAAAUGUAAUAAAACAUUUUUAUCACAACAAAAUUUAAAUCAACAUGAAAAAACUCAUCUUGGUGUUAAAGAUUUUGUUUGUAAAGAAUGUAAUAAAGCAUUUGGUUCAGCACAUAAUCUUGAAGUUCAUACUAUUGUACACACUGGUCAUAAACCAUAUGAAUGUAAACGUUGUAAUAAAGCAUUUGCUCGAAAAGCUGAAAUAAGAGAUCAUGAAAGAACACACACUGGAGAAAGACCAUAUCAAUGUGAAAUAUGUGGUGCAACAUUUAGUCAACGAUCAAAUCUUCAAUCUCAUAAACGUGCAACUCAUUUUGAUGACAAACGUUAUACAUGUGAUGAUUGUGGUAAAGGUUUUAAAAGACGUCGUCUCCUUGAUUAUCAUAUUAAAGCAGCUCAUACUGGUGAAAGACCAUAUAAAUGUGAUGUAUGUGAAGCAACAUUUGUUUAUCCUGAACAUUGGAAAAAACAUCAACGUAUUCAUACUGGUGAAAAACCAUAUAAAUGUGAUUAUUGUCAUAAAGCAUUUAAUAGUCGUGAUAAUAGAAAUGCACAUCGUUUUAUUCAUAGUAGUAAAAAACCAUAUGAAUGUUCAAUUUGUGGUCAUGGAUUUAUGAGAAAACCACAACUUGAACAACACAUGAAAGAUGAAAAACAUUUUUCUGAUAAAAUUAUUAUGAAUUCACCACAUUUUCCAUCAACUAAUCAAGAAAUAAUACUACCUGAAGAUGUUGAAUAUUUUUCUGAUGAUGAAAAUGAAAUUAAUAAUGGUGGACAAAUUUAUAAACUUGAAGUUUAUGAAACAGAAGAUGGUUUUAUAUCAAUGUCAUCUGAACAAGAUACUGUACCACAUAUUAUUGUUGAUGAGUCAGAAAUAUCAUUUGCAAAUGUUAUUGAAUCAAAACCACAAAUUGAUACAACAGCUAUUUUUAAUUAUCAAGCGACUGAAAUUACAGAAAAUGAAAAUGAUGAAGAUUGUGAAACAAUAAUUUCUGUUCCAACAACAAAUGAAUUAAAAAAUAUACUAGUUGAUGGAAAAAAUCAUUUACGUUUAGUUAAAAUUAAUGUUCAAGAUAAUGAAAAUAAUCAAGGGUUCCUUGGUGAAUGAGAUAAUAUAUGGCUUUUUUCGUUUUUUGGUUGUUUGUCUGCUGAUCAAAUUGUAAAAAUCGUGAUGCUGUUAUGGAGACAAAAACUAUUCUAAUUAUAAUUAAAUAAUUAAUUUUAAAUAUUUCCAUGUAAUUAUAAAAAUUACAGUAUAUAAAUGUAAUGAUUUUUUUUUUUUUUAGUUUAAAUUAAGCUUGUAUUUAUGAUUAAUAAUAAACUGACAAAUUUUAUAAUAACAUA